UAUCGAUAGAUUGAAGUUAUACAUGCAAUGCACGGAUUAGUUAUGUUGGUAAUGUUUGUUGUGUAAUGUAGUGAUUGUAUUGUUGAUGUAAUGAAUGAACAUGAGUUUUGUAUGGCACUGUGAUCGAUAUUAUUAUAUGUAGAAGAGCCCACAAAUUACUGAGACAUGGAUACUUCAUGUAUCUGAAUUGUACAGAUUGUUUUCUCAAUCCUAAGGUCACUUUGCAAUGAUUGCUGGAGAGGUGGAUGCUUCUUGCAACCCUGUGCAUUUUGUAACACAAGAUGGUUGCAAACCUGGUUCUGGUUACCAUGGAGAUAAGGGCAGUGAAACAAACACAAUAUUUCAGGAGCCAGUCACAACUUCUUCUGAGCAUGACUGCAGUGGUUUUGAUAUCGUGAAAGCUACACAGUAUGGGUCCCUUACACGCUGUCAAGAACUGAUAGAAGCAGGGUUUGAUGUAAACCAGCCAGACAGUGAGACAGUCACACUCCUUCACUGGGCAGCCAUCAAUAACCGCUGUGAGAUUAUCCGUUACUACAUCAGCAAGGGAGCAGUUGUUGAUGCAGUUGGGGGUGAACUUUUGGCGACACCAUUACACUGGGCGACCAGGCAGGGGCAUCUGGGCACUGUGACACUGCUCAUGCAACAUGGGGCAGAUCCUUCUUUGCGGGAUGGUGAAGGCUGUUCCUGCAUUCACCUAGCAGCACAAUUUGGUCACACUGCUAUUGUAGCAUACUUUGUUGCAAAGGGAGUCAACAUGAACAUGCAAGACCGCAAUGGCAUGACACCACUCAUGUGGAGUUCCUACAAAGUUACAAGUCUUGAUCCAACACGUCUCCUCUUAACAUUUGGUGCUUGCACAACAACACAAGAUAAGCUGCAUGGUAAUACAGCAUUACACUGGGCAAUCCUUGCUCAGAACCAUACUGCCGUCUCCACUCUUGUCAUGCAAGGGGCAAGCCUUGAUAUUACCAAUGUACAGGGUGAGUCUCCAUAUAGUCUUCUUCAGUCUCAUAAAAAUGAAGCAUGGAUGGGGAAGAAGGUGCAUGAUAAGAUCCAGGAAAUGUCUGGAUCAAAACGCCGCAACCCAUGCUACCGGAUCACUCGGGAUAAGAGGCUGCGUUUCUGGUGCAUGGUGUCAACACCAUUCUUGGCAUUCUAUGUAGUGGGCAUCAUCCUGCAAUCUAGUCAGAACUAUCUAGUCAAGAUGGGACUCCUUAUAACCUGCUAUAUUGUUUUGUACAUGGCAAGCCAGGUCAUGUUUGAUGACAGGCUCAUGAACUUACUGCCAAUGUCUAUAUAUUUAGCUACUAAGUUUUGGAUGUAUGUGACAUGGUUUGUGUGGGUCUCUCCACAUGUGGACCUGUGGCUGUCAGUGGUCUUUGUGUUAUGCUCUGGUGUGUUAUGGUACAACUUCGGGUGUGCAUGGCGGGGUGACCCAGGUGUGCUGUGCAGCACUCAGGAACAGAAAUACAGGACAAUAAUAGAGCUGGCAGAACGUGGUGGAUUUGAACCUCAGUGGUUCUGUAGUUCAUGUCUGGUGCGACGCCCUAUUCGCUCGAAGCAUUGCUCUGUAUGUAACCGCUGUGUUGCCAAGUUUGAUCAUCACUGUCCAUGGGUUGGCAACUGCAUUGGUGCUAAGAACCAUCGGUUCUUCAUGGGAUAUCUCAUAAUGCUGCUGGCCAUGUGCAUCUUCAUGCUCUAUGGAUGUGUGCUGUUCUGGCAAACCAUGUGUGGCACCUCACUAGGAAAAGGUUUCUGGAGAGGGUUAUCUGACGUUGCAGUGUGUGAUGCUUGGGUGGCUUGGGUAGCAGCAAAUGCUCUACUGCAUGCUGCAUGGGUAGCCACUCUAUUCACAUGCCAGAUGUAUCAGAUCAUGUGUUUGGGCAUGACAACCAAUGAGCGAAUGAACAGCGGACGAUAUAAACACUUCCACAAUUCUGGUCGGCUGAGCGGAGUAACUCAUAGUCCAUUCCACCGUGGACUUUGCCAGAACCUGAUAGACUUUACUCAGGUACGAUGUUUUGGCCUGUUGAAACCUGAUGAUACGGACUGGCUGACACGUUAUGAUAUUAAACAGUCAGUGGAGCAGGUUCCGCUGCUCUCUGCUAAGGAAAACUACCAAUAUGUGUAACAGAGUGACAGUAGUGACACAUAAUGGCCAGGCUAUUGUAAGAACUUGGUUUGGUUCUCUUUUGUCCUCCAUCUUCCCUCUCUUCUUUAUAUUGUCAUUCUCAUCAUCAACACCACUGUACAAUACUGCAAGAACUGUUCAAAAAGUAAUAAGAUUCUGAACAGGAGAAGCUAAUUUAGAAGAGAGAAAUGGUGAUAUGGCAGUUUGUGUGUAGAUGGCAUUAAGCUGUCAUAUGAUACAGCCUCAGCCAUUGUUGGUGCAAUCAUCAAUGAGAGGCAAACACACUGAAUUGCACUAAUCUAAGGACAGAUAAAAUCAAUUGUGAAACAACAUUGUUUAUCAGGUUUCAUAUAUGAUUGAGAAAAAUACCAAAGAAACAUUCCAUAUGACGCAGGAUGCUUAUGGUGAGAACAUAGUGAUGUGCUAGUGUCAGGGAGUCUCUAGUGGACAAUCAGACAUUAAACAAUUGGCCUUCAGCCUCCCAAAACAAAGAUUUAGUGAUCACAGCUACAGUUUUUGUUCAAGAAAAACUGCUGCAUUAUUGUUCAUGACCUUGUCAAUAUGUUAUUAGUUUAAGUUGGUAAUGCAUAUUAAAUAUACACUGUGUCCGUAAAAUAAUGGUGGGGUAACAAACAGUUACAGUUUUGGAACAAAGCACGAUACAGACAUGAAAUAAACUUCAAAAUAAAGAGAAACUCUCCAAGCUGUUCACUAAAUUUCGAUAUGCGCUCAUUUAGUUGCCCUGCAGACAUCAAGACGAUAUUCAAGCUCUUGCAAUACACGACCAAGAACAUCCGACGUGUUAGAUGAAACAGCUUCAGUGAUCCAUUCUUUCAAAUGGCCAAAAUUUAUUAUUUGGACAGAGAACACUUGUUUCUUCACAUAACCCCACAAAUAGAAAUCCAUAGGGGUAAGAUCUGGAGAGCGUGGAGGCCAGGCUAUCCACCCUCCUCGUCCGACCCAUCGCUGAGGAAAUGUUUGGUUUAGGUAAUCCCGCAUGAAUGUGGAAAAAUGUGGAGUUCCAUCUAACUGGAGAAUGAAAUUCUCCGGUAUAUGGGGCACUGCAUACCCUUCUAACAUAUCCAGGAAGUUCUUUCCCAUCACAGUUUCUUCAGCAAAAAAAGAAGGGGCCAAUAACUCUGUCUCGUCCAAUUGCGCACCACACAUUAACUUUUGGGCUAUCACGUUGAUGUUCCAUAAUGACAUGGAGGUUCAUUACCCCAUAUUCUAACAUUAUGCUGAUGGACUCAUCCCGAAACAUGAAACGUAGCCUCAUCACUGAACAUAAACUUGUCUAAAAAUUCCCCAUCAUAAUCUAACCUAUCCAGAAUGUCCGUAGCAAAUUCAAAUUGUUUAAUUUUGUCCUGUGGAUAAAUUUUAUGUAACACCUGAAUUGCAGUCUUGAUGUCUUCAGGGCAACUAAAGGAGCGCAUAUCAAAAUCUAGUGAACAGGUAAAAUUCUUGGAGAGUUUCUCUUUAUUUUUAAGUUUAUUUCAUGUCUCUAUCAUGCUUUGUUCCAAAACUAUGACUGUUUGUUACCCUACCAUUAUUUUACGGACACACUGUACAUACUGACUUAUGGAUGAAACAGCUGUGUUGAUACUAAUUCCCAGAUUAAUAAUGCCCAGUGAAGUGAUGUAUCAGGUCACUGUGUUUUAAGAACUAAAGAGUUUUGAAAAACUUGAUUUGCAUUUAUUCACAUUACUGUUGACAAAUUGUAUUUUAUUAACGGAACUGUAUCACAUCCUAUUGCCCAAACUUGGCAUCUUGUAAUUUUUCAUUCUUUACAGAAUUGAAGAAAGAUCUUAGGGGCAUACAAUUUCCUUCGAUUGAGGACUUGAUUAAUGAUAUGUAGGCAAAAUUAAAGGUAUUGACAGAAUGUUUUUGACCACAUAUUCCAAUCGUAGGUCAGGCAAUGGGAUAUGUAUAUUGCUUUUUAAGGUGCUGCAUGCUUUGAAAAGGAAUAUUUAAAUGUUGAUUUAAUCUGAGAACUUUUGUGGUUUUAUAGUUCAUCCUUGGUUUUAUUGUUGCUGAUCUGCAGCCAUUGAAGCAUCUUCCUGAAAAGAUGGGGUUGAAAAUUAUAUUUCUGAUCAGACUGACCUUUCAUUUUUUAAAGUUUGAACCCAACUACAUAUUCAGGCUAUGUCUGCACUGCCAAGUCUUUUGACAGUAUUGUACACAUAUGCCGUCUAUCAUACUCUUUCUACUGUUACUUAUUUUUUAUUAGUAUGUAAUUAGCUGUGAUGAAUGUAACUAUAUUGAUAGGCAUUCAGUUUAUUGUUUUAAAAAUAUUUCUAAACUAAACACUGGUACUGCUAUGAUGGAAUAAUUCUUGCCUGGAUACAGAAUGCAUCAAAAUGUCUCUCACAUUUUACUGACUGUACUCUACAGUGCUUCUACUUUACAUAAAGUGUACCUGUGAUCUAAUAAGCAAUAAAAGUAAAAGUUAGCCAGUAAUGACAAGUCAACAUGGCUUAGUUGCUACUGCUGUUUUGAGUCAGUUGUAUCCCACCAACAAUAUGUCACUAUCACUGGUACAAUUCAGGGGUAUGUGUCAUUUGGCUGAUAACUGUGUGUGAGGUAGGCCAAGUUUCAAGAUCGUGGUGAAGAGACAUUAACACACAUAAAGACAUCAGUUUGUAGUUUGCCACCAAUAUAAAGGAAAAUGAAUACAUUUUAAAUAUAAAACUGUAGCAUUCAUAAGUCCAGUGGAAUGGUGGUAAGAAUCCUGCAUAAUAUACUAUAUCAGUACUAUGUCUCAUGCUAAUGAUAGAUUAAUGGUUUUGAUCAGCUCUUUGACUUCUUUGCAUAUGCCUGUCAUCUUAACUACCAACAUAGUAGCUUAUUUCACUUUUCUCCCAUUUGUUCUGAUCUUUUUUCCGUUCUCCUUCAUGGAGGAAGUGAAGGGCAUAAUGCAGCAGUUUGUCUAUUGGAACAAAUUACAACACAGAUUGUUGGUUGCUAAAUUAAAUAUUUUUCUUUCUCCAGAAUCACACCUUUCCCUGCGCGUGCAUCCACACACACACACCACCAAUCACAUCCAAUAAAUUAUGUUUAUUUUGACUUUUUCAUUUGGUUUUACUCUUUGCAUAUGUCCACCCUACAAUAUGAAAUUAAUAUACUCAUUCUCUUUAACUGAUUGAUAUUUAACCAUGGAUUUACUUUCAUUCUGCUACUACUGGCCCACUCAUGAGAAAAGGAGCAUUGGAUGAGAUACCUGGCAUUCUCUUCUUCAUGUGGCAUGUUUUUUGUCACAAAUUAUAUUUUGAUAGUUAAUAUAACAGACCUCUUAAGUUUGUUGUUGUAGAAAGUUUUGAGAGCCUUAUAUUCAUGGAGAAAGAAAAUAACAGAGCACUAGACAAGCAUUGGAAGUUAUGAUUGUACUAUCCAGCAGCAUGACAGCCGAGGUGUUAUUUAUAACUGCAGUCGAUAUAUCUCGAUAUGAAUAUUGUCAUAACUUUGACAAGAGAGAAUAUAUUACUGCCACACUAUUCAGAUAUGUUUGUUCCAUGGUUCACAAUAUGUGUUUCAGUGCUGUAGAAUAUACGAAUAUACAAAUGUUACAAAUUUAAAUAAAAUAAUGCUGUAUAAAUGGUAAUAUGAAAGAAAUUUGAUUAUUUGCUAUUUAUUUUGCAUGUUUUUUAAUUUUCUGUUGAUCCCAGAUCUGUUAUGUUGUUCCAUAUUAAACUGGUGUAGAAAUCUUAUGCUAUUUAUAUGAUCUGUUUUAAUUCUGGUGACAAUUUUUACCUUUUCAUAUGUUUAAUUGCAUAUAUCUACUAUUUGUUAUGUCACGUUCUCCAAAUGUUGUGAACUCACAUAAUAACAGACUUAUGCUGUAUCUCAUUUCAUACCUAAUUUGAAUGUGUAACAUUGGAUAAUAUAAAAAUAAUUGUACAAUGAAAGUAAUUAUAGAGAAUUGUAUUCAUAUAAUUUAUGGCUGAGUGGCAGUUCUGUGGUUGAAAAUGUUUUGAAUGCUACAAGCUUCAGUGUUCUUAUUCUGUCAUUCAUAACAUUCCAAUAAGGCUGCCAAUCAUUAUCACAUGUUUUAAAGACUGACCCCUCUUGCUAUAGUGAUUCUUCCCCAGGGUACAGACAUUGUUAUUAUGCAGCAAUAAUGUAAAAUUGAUUUAUCAUCUCCCAGUUUGCAUUAGUGAUGUGUUACAACUGAUUUAUUUGGUUCAUCUGUUAUACUGAGCCCAUAUAACUACAAAGGAUGGCAUCUGAGGAGGUAUUUUUAACUCUUUCCAUGCCUGUUGAUCUCUCAAUGUGAUUUCUGCUAAGCCCACAAGCAUGACAUAUGACAGGUUUAGAGGCUGGUUUUCUUUUAACUCAUACAUAUAUCUGUUAUGAGAUUGCAAAAUCAUGCACAGUAUUUGAUCGUCAGGAUUUCUUGCUAUUUAUUUUGAGGCCACAAUUCUCUCAUUUAUACAUAUUACAUAGUGUAUAUCUGGGGCAAAGAUAUCUUGGCAGCUUGUGUAGUUUGUAGAACCAAUAUGAAGAGGACCCAUACUAAAGCUUGUCUUUUGCUGUUAUGAUGAAAUUCAUGAAUCAUUCUAUCUUCAAGCGUUGCAUUUGUAUAGUGACAUGUUACAGACCCAUUUACUGGUAUUGAAACCCGUACACCUUAAAAACCUAAGAUGCAUUAUGCCACUGGUAAAUGCUUUUAAUGCUUAUUCAUUGAGGUUGUGCUGUUUUAUAACAUUGGUGGUUUAAGAUUCGGAGGUAAUGGCAAUAAAUAAAGUACAUGGGCAGGGUUUAGUUUACUGGUGAGAUUGAUGCUUCCUGUGGUAACUCUCAUGUCAUUUGAAACAUGAUAUUAACUUGUAUGAUUUGAGGUUUUCAAGAUAGCUGUCUUCUGGUAAACUUUUGCCAGACUACACAGCACAAGCCACAAUACAGCCAUCUUCAUGAUAUCAAGUUUUCCAUGCACAGUUUUAAAUGCAAAAGAAUUUUAUUUGUAUGGAAACUUUUCAUUUCCCACAUAUGUUCAGUGUAAAUUUCCAAAAAUUGGAAACAUUUAAUUUCACUGACAAAUAACAAUAUAUUCAAAGCUAAAACCAAUUGCAUAUCUAAAUAGGAUACAUAGUUUUUCAUAUGUAAGAUGUUAAUAAUAGCAAAGUAAUAAUGAAUGGCCAUGACAAGUUAGAAAGUUAUUUUAUUUGUACAUAAGUAUGUGUAUUUAUAUUGAUUUAGAAUAAUAUGAGAACCUCAGCAAAGGAAAUGUUUCUGAUUUGUUAUAAUUUACAAGGUGUGAUGCCAUCAAUAAAAUGUUCCUUAUACUUUAAAGUCCACAGGUGAAUAUUUUGCAGUUUAAAUGUGUAUGUUACUCUCAACUGUUUGUGAAUGUAUGAAGAAAUACACAAUAAUUUAAAUGAUC